GUCCCCGCUCCGGACACGCCCGCCAGUCCUCGAUGCAUAUUUCUCACUCACUGGCUGUUUCUUGUUCACCGUCCAUCACCAUGUUGUCCCGCUCUGUUCUCCGUAGCCUCACCCAUUCCUCCCGCCUCUUCUCCACCUCUGCUGCUCGUCAGCAAAAGGUCGCCGUUCUCGGUGCUGGUGGAGGUAUUGGCCAACCGCUCUCCCUCUUGCUUAAGCUGGACCCUUACGUCACUUCCUUGAGCCUUUACGAUAUUCGUGGUGCUCCUGGUGUCGCUGCAGAUGUCAGUCACAUCGAUACCGCCAGUGAGGUCACCGGUUACCCCGCUGACAAGCUGGAUGAGGCUUUGGAGGGUGUCAAAGUUGUUGUUAUCCCUGCUGGUGUCCCUCGCAAGCCUGGCAUGACGCGUGAUGACCUCUUCAACACCAACGCCUCGAUUGUUCGGGACCUCGCCGCGGCAAUUGGCCGCGUCUCUCCUGAGGCGCACAUCCUUGUCAUCUCAAACCCCGUCAACAGCACAGUCCCCAUCGUCUCUGCUGUCCUCGAAAAAGCCGGUGUCUACGACCCCCGUCGUGUCUUCGGUGUCACCACCCUUGACGUCGUCCGUGCGGCUCGUUUCCUCUCCCAAAUCACCGGCAGCAACCCGCAAGACACCGUCGUCCCGGUUGUCGGUGGUCACUCUGGUGCUACCAUCGUUCCUCUCCUCUCGCAGACGGAGCAGGGUAAGAGCUUGACUGGUGAGGCCUAUGAGAAGCUCAUUCACAGGAUCCAGUUCGGUGGUGAUGAGGUCGUGAAGGCUAAGGAUGGUGCUGGAAGUGCUACCCUCUCAAUGGCAUAUGCCGGUGCGAGAUUCACUAACGCUCUCCUCCGUGGUUUGGCCGGCGAGAAGGGCAUCGUCACCCCCACCUUUGUCAAGAGCCCGCUCUUUGCUGACAAGGGCAUUGACUUCUUCUCUUCUCCCAUUGAGCUUGGCCCUAACGGUGUUGAGAAGGUCCACCCUCUCGGCCCCUUGUCUCCCUCUGAGGAGAAGCUCUUGGCCGCCUGCUUGCCGGACCUCAAGAAGAACAUUGAAAAGGGCAAGGCGUUCGUUGCUCAAUCAUAGAGGAUUACUUAGCGUAUCGGCUUAAGUGGCUGUAGCUCUAGACGAGUCUUCAUUUAAACGUUAAGGACACUGGUGUAAUUGCUGUCGUGUUGUGAAUGUCAUUCAAUUGCCCCAAAGCUGAGUAUUUCCGAUAACUCAAUACUUCCGCUGUC